GCGGCGCGGGAGUCGGGAGCUGAACCUCGGUGGCAGGGGACGAUGGUGGAGGCUUGGCAUAUGGACGAUUCCCGGGAGGACCCCCGGAAGCCGCAUCGCCCAGAGCCGGACCGGCCGGUCAGCCUCGAGCAGCUGAGCCAGCUGGGCGUCUUCUACUGGAAACUGGAUGCUGACAACUACGAGACUGACCCAGAAUUAGCAAAAAUUCGUAAGGAGAAGAAGUAUUCGUGGAUGGAUAUAGUAACGAUAAGCAAAGAUAUGCUGCCAAAUUAUGAAGAGAAGAUAAAAAAAUUUUAUGAAGAGCACUUACACCUAGAUGAUGAGAUUCGCUACAUCCUGGAAGGAAGUGGAUAUUUUGAUGUUCGUGAUAAAGAUGAUAAGUGGAUCCGGAUUGCUAUGGAGAAAGGCGACAUGAUCACGCUUCCUGCUGGCAUCUAUCACCGAUUUACACUGGAUGAAUCUAAUUAUGUCAAGGCAAUGAGACUGUUCGUUGGAGAACCCGUGUGGACCGCUCAUAACAGACCAGCUGACCACUUUCCUGCUCGAGCACAGUACCAACAGUUUUUGUCAUAAAUGGUACAAUAAACCAAUAGGACAACAUGAGGCAUGGAACACCCUGCAACAUCCGUACCAUUAAAAUGGCAAAGCGGCUAUGUCAGGGGUAGU